AUGCAGCCCAUGGCAAAUACAGAAAAGCAGAAUCAAUCCACAGUUACUGAAUUUAUACUGUUGGGAUUUGGGGAUCUGUCUGAAGUGCAGGUUCUUCUUUCCCUGCUCUUCUUGAUGAUCUACUUGGUGACCAUGACUGGGAACCUUCUCAUUGUCUGGUUAGUUUUGACUGAUCGACACCUUCACACUUCCAUGUACUUCUUCCUAGGGAAUUUUUCCUUCCUGGAAUCCUGCUACAGUUCAGCUAUCAUACCUAAAGUAUUAUCAGUCCUCUUGACUGGAGAAAAACACAUAUCUGUAAAAGCCUGUUUCAUGCAGUUUUAUGUAUUUGCUUGCCUUGGUGGUGCUGAAUGCUACUUCCUUUCUGUGAUGUCUUAUGAUCGGUACGUAGCUGUGUGCAAGCCAUUGCACUAUGCUUCCAUCAUGAACAGCAGGCUGUGCUUGCAGUUGGUAGCCGUGUCUUGGGCAAGUGGGAUCUUAGUUAGCACAAGUACAACACUUACUGUGUUUUCAUUGACUUUCUGUGGGCCAAAUGUAAUUGAUCAUUAUUUCUGUGACUUAUCCCCAGUCAUAAAAGAGAUCUCCUGCAGCGACACAUACAUUGUAGAAAUGACUGCAUUCAUAUUUGCCUGCACAUUCACCCUCCCUCCUUUUAUACUCACACUGAUAUCCUACAUUUUGAUCAUGGUUACCGUCCUCAGAAUGCCCUCUGCUAUGGGGAGGCAAAAGGCUUUCUCCACCUGCUCCUCUCACCUCACUGUGGUGGCCCUCUUCUAUGGCACUCUGAUGAUUGUCUAUAUGCUUCCAUGGUCCAGGAAUCUCAGACACUUGAAGAAAGCAUUCUCACUCUUCUAUACAGUACUGACACCCAUGAUCAAUCCCCUGAUAUACAGCCUGAGGAACAAGGACGUGAAGGAAGCCCUAAGAAAAUCUUUCAGGAAAUUUGCCAUCCGCACAACAUUGCUGGGAUCCAGUUUUUGA